CGUGCUCAUGGGAGUUGUGGUCCAAAGGAAAUUAUUGACACGUGAUCUAGUGCGUGCGAGACAUCCAAUGGACUUCAACUACCAGUCGCAUAUUUCUUUGACCUUCAGUGGGAGGGGACAGCACGAGCAAGCAUGGCAGCUGGAGUUCUUACCAAAGGUUUGUGCGGGUUCCGCCAGCCCCGGAUUAUUGCAGCCGGAUACUCCUGUAGUGGACCUCUCUAUGCGACUGCUACCGCAGUCAAAACACUCCCUUUGCAAACUGACAGCACGGCUGUCACUGACAAGAUCCAGAACUUGCCUCUUGAAACGCCAGAUUUCUUUCGCUUGUCAGAACUCUUCUCCUUAAAAGACCUAUUUGAUGCCAGAGUGCACCUUGGACACAAGAAAGGCUGCAGACACAGACUGAUGGAGCCCUAUCUGUUCGGCAGUCGUCUGGGCCAGGACAUCAUCGACCUGGACCAGACAAUGGCGCACCUCCAGAGCGCCCUGAACUUCACCGCCCACAUCGCCUACCGCGGCGGCAUCAUCCUCUUCGUCUCCCGCCGCCGACAGUUCGGCCACGUGGUGGAGAGCACGGCAGGGGACUGUGGAGAAUAUGCCCACACACGCUACUGGCAGGGUGGUCUGCUCACCAAUGCCCCAAUCCAGUACGGCCCGGGGGUCAGGCUGCCUGACCUCAUUGUCUUUCUCUCAACUCUCAACAACGUCUUCCAGCAGCAUGUGGGGGUCCGCGAUGCAGCCAAGAUGAAUAUACCCACGGUGGGUGUGGUGGACUCUAACUGCAACCCCAGCCUGGUGACAUACCCGGUGCCUGGGAAUGAUGACACACCAGCCGCAAUGGAGCUGUACUGCCGCCUCUUCAAGAUGACCAUCAACAGGGCCAAGGACAAAAGGAGGCAGAUGGAGCUGCUCCAGGGUCUAUCACCAGCGGGCCUCACACAGGGUUCCUCGUGAGAGGCACUGGUGGAAUUAAUGAAAGGACCCUUUUUGGGUUAUUUGAAAAUGCCUUAUUCAAUUUUACUCCCUUGAAGUUAACCCUGAUCUGAAAUGAUAGGAUAGGUAAAAUCUCUGCCUUUUGGUUAAGAUCAAGUGUAGUAUUUGAAAGCAAGUGUUCCACUUCAAUGUUUACAACAACAUAACAAAUAAAUCAUUAUUGGUCAUGUGUAUCGAAAUGUUUGUGUUCCUAGCUCCAACAGUGCGGUAGUAUCUAAUAGUUCACAGCAAAACACACAUCUCAAAGUAAAAUAAUGUAAUUAAGAAAUAAAAAAAUAUUAUGUUCAUGUCAGAUUAGGGAUUUAUGCCAAGGAAGGGUGGGUAAAGCAUGCAUUUAGGUGCGGCAGGUAGCCUAGUGGUUAGUGUUGGGCCAGUAACCGAAAGGUUGCUUGAUCAAAUCCCCGAACUGACAAGGUAAACAUCUGUAGUUCUGAACAAGACUGUUAACCCACUGUUCCUAGGCCUGUCAUUGUAAAUUAGAAUUAACUGACUUGCCUAGUUAAAGGUAAAACAUAUAUAUGUGUAUAUAGUCAAAUAUGGCCAAGGACUACUGCUAAAAUGCUAUAUGAAGCACUUUUUCAGCAACAGAUUUGGUGCAUUUGUACAGAGUUAUUGCUCUUUGUCUAGAUUUAUCUGGAGAAACUGAGGUUUACAAAGUAUGUAAUUGCAGUGUUUGCUCCAUCAAACUGAUCAUGUUUCCAGAUUAUUUCUAACAUUCAGCUUGACAUUGUCUGGUCAAAUAAAAUAAAAAAGCUAUUUCUGUAUCAAAUGACAUGAAUGCACUCAUACUAUUUAUUAAGUAAACUUUCUUUUCACUAAA